CCGAAUUAUUUAAUCCAGCCAAUGGUUUCGGAGGAUACUGCGGCGCCACCGUGACCUUUAUUGGAGUAUUUUGACCAGCGGCGGCUGUGGCGGCUCCCCCGGCCGCUCUGCGCUGCAUGUCUCCCGGUCACUGCGGGACUCCAACCGGCUCCUCCGCCCCGGUGCGAACAGACGGCCGCUCGGAAUGGGAGGAAACAGCAGCACGGCGCGGACCGUGUCGUUCGGACUGGACGAAGAAGAGAAGGUCACGGUCAUUGAAGGGGUGAAGCUGUCGGACCAUGUGCUCCGGCGGAUGAGGGACUCUCCGGGGUCUGAUGACGCCAAGCCACCUCCACAGUCUUCAGAGAAUGUUAAAACACCUCCACCAGGUUCAAAACCAACAGAACCCUCUGCUUCAGAAACACAGGAAGAAAUGCGGAAACAAUUUGAGCGUCAGCAGGCCCUGGUGCGCGAACAGUUAGCCCGACUGGCCCAGAGGGAGAGAGAUGCUGCAGCAGCCACGGGCCUGGAUGAGAUGACCCCUGCCCUCAUCAUGGAGAAGGGAAAGGCCCACGAAGAGCAGGAAAAGGCGAAGAUCCUGCCAGCAGAUUUGGAUGCCUGGGCCAAACAGCUGGAGCGGAAAGAACAGGAGCUCACCAGCAUAUCCAGCUUCUAUAAGGAGCAAUUAGAAAUACUGGAGAAAAAGAACUUUGACACUUACAAGGAGACGGCUGAACAGUACAACCAGGCAGCUACUAAAGCUGAGGCCCACAUCCGGCCCCGGCAGAGUGCAGUCCUGUGCGCUGAGCUGCAGGCCAAGGUGCUGGAAUGCUACCGAGGAAAUCCACAGCAGACUCUGCACUGCUCCAGCCUGGCCAAGCAGUACAUGACGUGUGUUCAGCAAGCAAAGAAGAGUUCUCUGACGAAUCACGGCUGACGAACCCAAAGACAGCAGCAUGGAGGAAGACGCGAGCAUGUCAAAUCCGUCCACUUUUUUUUUUUUUCCUUCCCCUCCGUCCAUCCAUCCAUCCAUCUAUUAAUUUCGCCACCGCCGGAGUGACCUGUCCUUUUUCCCACCCUCCGUUCUUCUUGGUUUUAGAGUGCAUUAUCUUGACUUGUCACUUCGGAGUGUGUUGAUUUAUUGUCAAGUUGUGCGAGCACACCCCUGCUGUCGCUGAAAUAAAUCCCAGUGAUCCAGUGGUGAUGAGACUGCAG